AUGAAAGGUGGUGGGUUGCGGACAAUCUCGGACCUGCGAGUACUGAACCGGGCUCUACACAGACUCACGUUCAAGAUGCUGAGGCAAAAACAUAUUCUAGCAAGUGUCCGGCAUCAAGAACUGGUGUCUAAGCUGAGUGUGAGCUUGUGUGUAAAUGAUGGAAAUAUCAGCAUCACGUGUACUGUUGGAGUUGGAGAUGAUGUUCAUUUUCUUUGGACAUGGCGAGUUAAUGGAAGCAUUCAGAGCUGGAAGGUACCUAAGGUGGCAUCAAAGGAGCAAACCAUCUCAUUUAAUGACCCCAUUCCUGACAAUCUGACCUGCACUGCAUUCAAUAACUUCAGCAAACUUGAGAGAAAAGUACAUGGAAGCCCGAUAUGCAGAGGUCAUAUUUCAACAUGUGCUGCUUUUGUCAUAUUCAUAACAAUUAUUUUGGGCUUGCUGGUCUUGUGGAAAGAUGUGAAACACACAAAAAAAGCUGUUGCUGAUGAAAAUGCAUACCUUGAGAUGCAUGGUGUGUGGCACAGAAGACCUCUGCCUCAGGAAAGUGGAAUCGCACCUAUGGACAACUCUGUUUAUGUUUUCUGCAGACCGAUUCAUCACAGCUCCAGCCAGACAACUGCAGUUUCAACUCCAGAAGAAGAUGAACAAGUGAAUGUCUAUGUGUGAAAUUAGGUACUUGUUUUAUUAAACAUUAGAAGUAUAUUAGAAUUAAUUGUAUUUUUUGGUUGUUUAAUGCAUAUCAUGAUUGACUGAACCAACAAUUGUAAUUUUCCUAUUUAUGUAUAUACUUGUUAGUACUUGUUUCUGAAACAUUAGAUAUAAAUUAGAAUUAAUUGUAUUUUCUGAUUGUUUAACCCUCUGAGGGGUUAACACACCGCGUCCUGCUGGAUUUUUUUCAUCAUUACAGCAGAAACAACAUCAAAUACUCCAUCAUUUUGGGGCAUACAGAUAAGUGUAAGACAUCAUUAGAGACUAUAAAGGGUCUUUUUUUUAUUUGUGUACACUCACAAUAACAACAAAACCUUGUGAUUUUGUAAAAUAAAUAAAAUAAAAAGGGUGAGCUAACAGCAGUCUCUAUGUUCACAAGCAUAUUUCUGAAACACGUCACAAAAAUGAACUGAAACUCUGCGAAUACUUAUCACACAAACAUGAAACUUAUGUCUAAAGAAAGCUUAAAAUGUAUUUUAAAUAAAACAAUUAAAAUAUAAAUAUAAAAUAUAAAAACAAUUUCUCCUGCAAUGUAAUCUGUAUGAAACAAAGCGAUGUACAGUUUCUCCUGGCUCAGCUAAUUAUACCUAAUGUGAUCACACCCACGGGCAGAGGGCACUAUUCAUACGGUAAUGUGAGAGAAUCAUGAGACAAUCAAUGCAAAUGGUAAAUGCCCCCGACUGUGCCUUGAAUAUCUAGUUCAUUCACUUAUCUGCACGUUUGAAAGAUCGCAAGAUACACAGGCGAAGAAACUCCUGUAUAUUGACAAAGAGUUAAAAUAUCCUCAGAGAAAGAGCGAGACUCCGAUGAACAUUUGUA